AAUGGCAGCCCGCACCCUCCGCAUAGGCCUCAUUCCCGGCGAUGGCAUCGGCCGUGAAGUUAUUCCCGCAGGACGCCGCAUCCUCGAAGCUCUGCCCUCGUCGUUCGGCCUGAAGUUCAGCUUCUCGCACCAUGAAGCUGGUUUCGAGACGUUUCAGAAGCGGGGAAAGGCACUGCCUGACGAGACUGUUGAGGCGCUCAAGAGCGACUGCGAUGGCGCGCUGUUCGGUGCUGUGUCAUCCCCCUCAACCAAAGUAGAAGGCUACUCCUCCCCCAUUGUUGCCCUCCGCAAGCGUCUCGCCCUCUACGCCAAUGUGCGCCCCGUCAAGAGCACACGCUCCGCCGCCCGCCCCGUUGACCUAGUCAUUGUGCGCGAAAACACCGAAGACCUUUACGUCAAGGAGGAAAAGACGUACAACGCGCCCGACGGCUCGCGCAUCGCCGAGGCCAUCAAGCGCAUCUCGGAAACGGCGUCCUCCAACAUCGCCGCCAUGGCUGGCGACAUUGCGCUGCGCCGCCAGCGCGUACGCGAGAGCGGCCUCGCCAGCAUACACAACCGCGGCAUGGUCACUAUCACGCACAAGUCGAAUGUGCUGUCCCAGACCGACGGCCUGUUCAGGGAGGUCAGCAGGAAGGUGCUCGGCGCAGAUAAGUACCAGAUGCUGGAGAUUGAGGAGCAAAUUGUGGAUUCUAUGGUAUACAAGCUGUUCCGCCAGCCGGGAGACUACGAUGUCAUUGUCGCGCCGAAUCUGUACGGAGACAUCCUGUCCGACGGUGCUGCCGCGUUGGUCGGUUCCCUGGGCCUGGUGCCCUCCGCGAACGUGGGCAAGGAUUUCGUUAUCGGCGAGCCGUGCCACGGUAGCGCGCCUGACAUCGAGGGCCGGGGCAUCGCGAAUCCCAUCGCAACGAUCCGGUCUACGGCGCUCAUGCUGGAGUUUCAGGGUGAGGAGCGCGCCGCAGCAAAGAUCUACGAGGCCGUCGACGCGAACCUCGAGGAGGGCCGUCUCCUGACGCCCGACAUGGGCGGCACAGCUACCACCGAGGAGGUCAUCGAGGACGUGUGCAGGAGGUUGUAAAUCUAUGUUGGAUAUUAUAGAAAGAGAGGAGAUACUUGUACCAGGCUAGAUACCAUGCAUGUAAAAGCGUCGUCUAAUGCGGUCUGAUGUUACCGUAUGCACAUUGAAGCAACGCAACCCACCGUGUCCGUCCGUACCCAAAUCUAGAGUGCAA